GGAGGUGGCAGCAGCAGCUCCUGUGCAUCGCUGCCUCGUCCCUCUCUCGCUGGCUGAUCCCCGCGCUCUGCUCCCCGGGCUCGGAGGUGCCAGCGCUGCCGGAGCCGCGCUGUUCUCCGCGCAACUCUCGGGAAAAGUGGCGGUGCGCGGGCAGCGACUUGGCGCAGGUAAUUCUCUAAUGGACCAAGAAAGCCAACGAUGACAAGUUGUGGUCAACAGCCCUUGAAUGUGCUGAUGGUUCUGCUCUCAUUAGUCUUGUCAGCAGUGCUGUCCGCGCAUUUUCGGGUCUGCGAGCCGUACACGGACUACAAAGGUCGCUACCACUUUGGGUUUCACUGCCCCCGUCUUUCUGACAACAAAUCUUACAUCUUUUGCUGUCACCAUAACAACACAGUGUUUAAAUAUUGCUGCAAUGAGACAGAAUUUCAGACUGUUAUGCAGAUGAACUUAACGGGGAGCGCAGAUGGGUAUAUGCAUAACAACUACAGUGCCCUGUUAGGAGUGUGGAUCUAUGGCUUUUUUGUGGUGGUCUUACUGAUCCUGGACCUUUUAUAUUACUCUUCAAUGAACUAUGAUAUUUGCAAAUUCUACCUGGCCCGCUGGGGAAUCCAGGGAAAGUGGAUGACACAGGGACAGAGCCGAUGGAUUAACCCUGCUCAGGACCCAAGACAGGCACAGCCUCAGCCAGAGACACAGCCUCAAACUCAGCCCCAGCCUCGAACAUCACAGACAGUACACACUUUAAAAGGAGAUGCUUUAAGCCCACCCCUGGUGUCUUUUCAGAGUACAUCUGCCUGAAAAUUAUAUUGAUGUGCCUCAAGAUGGGAGAGGUAAGACCAGACUUCAAGGAGCAGCUUUCAAGAAAAUCAACUAAAUCACAAGAGCUGAAAAAAUUAAAGAUAAGCAGGAGAGAGAAAGACUACAAGAGGAAGAUUGAGAAAGUCACCUGAAGACAGACACCAUUCAAUCAACUUCUACAGGCAAAUGAUAUAGAAAGAGUCUCCAGGAGAAAGUAAUAUUUCAGUAAGCAAUAUUUCAGUUCUAGACUGACACUAUUAUCUCUGAAAGGAAGCAUCAUAUUUGAGAAAAUGCUCAGUAGGAAGAAAAUUAAGUUGCUCUGGCAAAUCCACACAAAGGUGGAAAACAACCACAAGACAAACCUUUGGUAGAUAACUUUUCUUCACCUCCCCAUCCAUCAAUUGCCAUUUGAGCCUAAUCUCAGCCUAAGUGUCAGAAUCCUGAAUGUGAGUUUUUCCAAAGUUCUCUGGUGAACAUUCUGUCACAAUAGGGUAGGUGCUGGCAAUCCACAUCACUGUUAACCAUGUUGUCCUGUGCAUUGCAAAGGAAAGCAGAGCCCUGUCACUGAGUCAGACUGCAGGUAGCAACCACUUCAACCAUCAUGCACAUUUUUAGAUCACUGGCAAUGGUUCUGCUAAGACAUCUGAGCCCCUCUUAAAUUCAGGUUCUUGAAGAGGGCAGCUUUAUUAGGAUGCAACACCAUUCCACCCCCAAUACUCCUUGAAGCUGAAAGAGAGGCAGAAAAAAACCCAACAAACUGUACAUUUCAAAAGCAAUAAUACCAUUGUCCCCCUGCUUUACAAGGCAAUAGUCCAAUUCCCUCAGCCACUGACUGGCUGCAGAGUUUACCCCACACAAGUCUCAGAAUCCAUUUGGAAGCCAGAAAGGCAAUGACUCUGCCACAGAAUUAUGUGGAGCACUUGAUCACUGGGUUGCAAUAGGUAGACUUAACUUUCCACAGGGCAGGAUUAUUUUAAAGUCAUGCAGUAUCAAUUACAUGAGCAAAUCCCAUGAAAUUCAGUUAUUUAAAAUAUUUGCAUGGAGAACCUGGCAACGACAAGCAAACAGAGGAGUUCAUCUGGAAAUCAUAACACAAAGCCACGAUAAUGCCAAUUUAAUCCUUCAUGUCUAAUAUUGUGUCCUGCAAAUCUCAGUAACUUUCAAAUAACCACACAUUUUACCAUGUAGCCACAACAUGAGGAACACCUCCUUAAUGAAUAAUAAAUGUUCCUUUUAUACCUCUUUGGCUGAAUGAAUUUUAGUCUUCUGUUGAACUCAAAGGGAACACUCUUCUCAGUGGUUUGAGUCAGUUCAUGGCUUCUGGAGUUCAGGAUGGGAUGUGACUAAAACCAUCAAGGAAUAAAUCAAGGAAGAGCAAAGGAAACCAUCGUGCUUCCUCCACACUUCUGUGUUGGCUCCAAGAUCCAUAACCCCUUGCAGACACCCAAAAAAGCACCCACAGUAACCAGCCUGGCGCUCUGCUGUGACUGCUUGGUCCUUCCACCUUCUCCCAGCUCCUACUUUCAUUGUGAGGUGAUGACUGCCACAGAGAGCUUUGGAAAAAGCUUAUGUUCAUAAAGGAAUUUGUAUUAGAUACUGGUUUGUGUGACUUACUGUAUUUUGUAAGGGUUUUUUUCCCUUUGGGAAUUGUGCGUUAUUAAUGAGCAGUUUUAUGCUUUACUUCUAGUACACAUAUACCUUGUAAUGGAUGUGCUUUUUGUUUGUUUGUUUUCUUUUAUUCUCUAUAAAGAGCCAGUUAAUAUAAGGUAGAUACUCUGGCUGAAAUUCUGAUUUUUGCCUACCAAUUAAUUUAUGGAUAAAUCCAUGCUGUAGCUGGUGAACAAUUUUUCAUCAUUUGUGUUGUUAUAAUCACCUGAUAGUCUCUCUAUUUUAGCAGAAUAAAAGAUCCUGAAUAAUGCUAGUUGGGCCUUAAAUUAAAGGGAAAUAAUGCACUACGUAUUUCCUUGCCACCAUUUCUAUCAGCCCUUCUUCCUUGGUGUUGGGGCACUGGAGAAGAGCACUGGCCACACAAACAGCCAGCUGAGCACCUCAGGUGUACAGAGCACUCUGUAGCUGUGCUCUGAUAUCCCCCUGCAUUUACUUGAUCAAAACUGUGGUGGGCCAGAAAAACUGCAAUGAAUGUUUCAGUUACUUCUGCAGAGAGACUCGUUCCAAUGCAAUCCUUCUCUAAAAGAAACAAUCCGGAUUAAAUAGUUGUAUUUUCCUCUGUGUCCGCCCUGAUAUGUUUGGACAAAUAAGGGAUCUGAAAUUAACACUUACAAAAGUGCAUAUAUUAUACCCCCUAUGUGACAAUGGCAGCUGUCUAUCUCAGUGGCUGUUAGUGACCUUCCUGCUCCAGAAGCCUCUUCCCCUGUCCAAAUAAUUUCCUCUCUUCUGUUUCACUGGGAGCUAUGUCCAGCCUCUUAGUAAUUGCUGUGUAUAACGUAGGACAUAAAAAGAUAAGUUAUAAAGCUUGUGCAGGACUUGGUGUUGUAAUUUAACCAUCUUUCGUGCCUGGUUAUGGAUUUUACAAAAAACAGAGUGAAAAUAAUUUGGCCUCUUAACGUAUAAUUCAGCAUAUUGUAGCAGCUAUUUUAGACACCUGUUUUUUAUAGUUUUACUACAGCUGUAAUUUCUGUAUGAGGACUGUCCACUUGCAGAAGCGGUGAAGUGAACACGUCAAAAUGAUUUUUAAAAGUCAGUUCUGUUCCACCGCCUGUGAUUGUGUAUGAAAAGUAAAGCAACAAAAACAAAACCUCAACCCCUGGCUGGGAAGAAACACCUUUUCUCAGCCUCAGAAGUUCUCUUCUGUAAGACAGGCAUUUCUUCUAGUCCUCCUUUUAUAAAAGUAGUAAAUUACGAAGAAGAUAAUAUAUACAGUACAAUAGUCUAUUUUGAUAGUCAGCAGACUAUUUUAGGCUAACUAAGCUAACUAGAAAUUCUAGGGUUGCAGUGAAUUCUGUUUAUUGAUACAUUGAUGAUAAUACUGUUUACAUAACACUUGAUGUUUGAAAACAAUACGUGCCAGUGUCCAGUGAUUUGCUAAUCUAGUUUCUGGUCUAAUCCUGUCCUAUCUUUUGCAGCAUUCUCUGACUUCAUAUAAUGAAUCAUGUUGUCUUUCUAAAGUGAUUGCCAAGUAAACCAAAAAUGUGUUUUA